CCCCCUUCACAGCUCCAGAGCAGUGACACUUUGUCUGUUGCUCCUGACCCCUCCCCUCUCCUUGGCUGGGGGAACAGACCAGCUCUUCCCCUAAAAGCGCACCCACAUGUCACUCAGACUCCCAGACAGAUGAAUAGUGACUCCUUGGCAGGGCCAGUCAGAAUUAAAUCUGAACUGCUAGCUGUCCCAUGUGAAGGUGAUGAUGUGUCCCAAAACUUUGGUCUCCCAGCAGUGUACUUUAAAUCCUCAGCAAAUGUACACACAGAUCCACAGGAACAUGAGGAGAACAUUAACACAGCUGACCAUGGUAAUUAUCCUUUACUGCACUCUGGUGGCCAGAUUAAGUAUAAGCCUUUCGCCUUUGGAGAUGUACAGGCCCUGGUUGA